UUUGACAUCAGGGCCGGUCGCUUGGUGGAGUUUCCGACACAGGAUGGAGGAAACAAAGGAUGGCUGGCGUAAAGGAAAAGCCGCCUUCCUGGGGCAGGAGCAGACCGAGGACGAGGCAUGGAGCACGAAGCAAAGAAAGGCAAGAAGGGCUUGGUGUCACCCAUCAAGAGGCUAGUCUUCCCAAAGGCAGCCCGAAGGCAGGCCCUCAAGAGCAGCCUCUGCCGCCGCCCUCUUCACUCUGUCCCGCUCUACCCUCCCGACUAUCUCAUCGACCCUCAGAUCCUCCUGCACGACUACGUGGAAAAGGAAGUGAAGUUUUUAGGUCACCUGACUUGGGUAACAACUUCCUUGAACCCCUCCAGCCGCGACGAACUGUUGCAGCUACUGGACACCGCAAGGCAAUUGAAGGAGCUUCCUCUGAAGACAACCCCAGAGCAGGAUAGCAUCUUGAGCCUUUCGGCCCGCUGCCUGCUUCUUACCUGGAGGGACAAUGAGGAGCUCAUCCUGAGGAUCCCCACACAUGAAAUCGCAGCUGCCUCCUACCUGCGGGACGAUGCCCUGCACCUCCUGGUGCUCAAAACAGGCUUGGGUGUGGACCCGGUCCCUGCAGGAGGUAGCUUGGAUGUUUAUCCUGGAAGCACCCAGGAGAAGAAAUUCCCCGGAGGGCCAGCUGAGAAGAGACCGGCAGAGCCCCGGCAACUGGGGGGCACGAUGGAGCGACGCCACACCAUCUGCAGCCUGGACUGGAAGAUGGCCCGGGGCGGGCUGGAGGGCAGGCCCAGCGGAGGGGGGAGCCUGGAGCGGAAGCAGGGCACGGGCAGCUGGGAGAAGAGGCAGUGUCCCUCAGGAGGAAGGCCCUUCGGCAGCUGGGAGCGCAGGCAGACCUACAGCGGCAGCUGGGAGCGCCGCCCCACGGGCAAAGCUGGGAGCAGCUGGGAGAGGAGGCGGCAGGCCUACAGCGGGAGCUGGGAGAGGGGCAAGACCUGGGGCAGCUGGGAGCGCCGGUGGCACACCGGGAACAACCCCCUGGACCCCAAGGAGCCCAGCCCUGAAGCCUACUGCAAUCUCAUCAUCCUGGCUGUGGCUAACAGGGACAUGGCAGAGGAAUCGUGUGCUCUCAUCUGCCAGGUUUUCCAGAUAAUCUACGGGGACCAAACCAUUGAGUGUGUGGACCGGGCUGGCUAUCACUACACGUCCACCAUGAAGCGUCCUUGGCUGUCUAGCCGGAGUGAGAGCUGUCGGACAGAUGGGACAUACGGCUAUGAUGCUGAUUUCAGCUGCUGUAGCUCUUUCGACGGUUCCCACGACACCUUUGAGGCCUGUUGCAGCGACACCUCGUCCCCCUCCUUCCAUCAGUCCCAUCAAAGUCUGGCCACGGCCUGCAGUGGCAGCGAUCAGAGCAACGCUGGCCUGGAGCAACUGCAGGAUUACAUGAUCACACUCAGGAACAAGCUGACCCCGCAGGAGAUCCAACAGUUUGCCUUCUUGCUGAGAGAGUACCGGAUGGGUCUGGCGGUGGAGGGGUACUGUGCCGGCCUCCUCCAGCUCUAUGGAGAAAAGCGGAAGUUCCUUCUGCUGGGGAUGCGCCCCUUCAUUCCCGACCAGGACAUCGGUUACUUCGAGGGCUUCCUGGAGAACAUCGGCAUCCGCGAAGGGGGGAUCUUGACUGACAGCUUCGGGCGCAUCAAGAAGAGCAUGAGCAACACCUCGGCCUCCGCCGUGCGCAGCUACGACAGCUGGUCCUUGCGCUCGGAGUCAGAGUCCUUCAACCGCAUGAUCACAGACAUCACCCACGACAUCGAAGCCCUGGCGAGGGAUGGGGACGAAGAGGAGGAAGGCGACAACAACAACAGCAGCAGCAGCAGCGGUGACAAUGGCGGUGAAGACAACUACCUGUGAGGAGGGGGGGACCACCUGGGCCUGAAAGGAGAGCCAGGAACAAUGAAAGCUCUUUGAUAUGAAGUCAGGCAAUCGGUCCACCUGGCUCAAUACGGUCUGUACUGACUGACAGCAGCUUUUUAGGAUUUCAGAUGGGGGUGGGGUCUCUCCGCACCCUACCU